AUGGAUUUCGAGAGGCCAAUAGGUAGAAAAGCUGAAAAGGCUAAUCGAAAGAGAAAAGAUGAUGGGAAAGAUAUUGCAACGGAAUAUUUGAAAAAUAAAAUGAAAGUUCUUGAAGAAGGUUGUGUAGCCGAAAAAGAGAGAGUACGUAUCAAAGCGGAAAAGUUUAUCUCCAUGGGUCGUUCUUUUUUUCGUAAAUUGCUUGAUGAUGACUCAGAUGAAGAUGAGAUAAUUAUAAAACUUCUCACGGGUUCGACACCACAACGUAAGCAUUGUCGGUAUAUCGAACGCAAUCAUUUGGCAGGCCAUAGAAGGCUUUAUGAUGACUACUUUGCCAAAGAACCUGUAUAUCCUCCCAACUUAUUUCGAAGGAGAUUUCGAAUGAGACGUUCUCUUUUUCUCCGAAUCUUAUCUAGGGUAGAAGCUCAUGAACCUUACUUUACCCAAAAAAGAAAUGAUGCCAAAAAGCUUGGUCUAUCUCCCUUUCAAAAGAUGACCGCUGCACUUAGGAUGCUUGCUUAUGGAGUAGCCGCUGAUUUUAUGGAUAAAUAUGUGAGAAUAGCAGAAACCACUGCAAUAACUAGUUUGAAAAAAUUUGUUGCAGCAGUGGUUGCUAUUUUUUCAGAGGAAUACUUGAGGUCACCAAACAAUGAAGACAUCGCUAGAUUGUUAGCCCAUGGCCAAAACCGUGGAUUUCCAGGCAUGUUGGGAAGUAUUGAUUGCAUGCAUUGGAAAUGGAAAAAUUGUCCAACUGCAUGGAAAGGGAUGUAUUGUGGUCAUAUUCGUGAGCCAAGUAUUGUUUUGGAAGCAGUGGCUUCAUAUAAUCUUUGGAUAUGGCACUCAUUUUUUGGGUUACCUGGGUCAAACAAUGAUAUUAACGUGUUGGAGCGGUCUUAUGUAUUUUCUGAGCUUGCACAAGGACGUGCUCCUGCAGUUAAUUACUCAAUUAAUGGUGAUGAUUACACAAUGGGAUACUAUCUUGCUGAUGGCAUAUAUCCACAAUGGUCAACAUUUGUGAAGACAAUCCCAAGGCCACUAGGAGCAAAAAGAAAAUUAUUUGCAAAAGCUCAGGAGGCAUAUAGGAAGGAUGUAAAGCGUGCAUUUGGAGUGCUUCAAGCAUGA